CCACAGUAAAUAAUAAUGGAGCCACAAAGACACAAUUCCAUACCUAUCUCCUCACUGUAACAUAGCGAGACAGCCACUAAACCAACAAAAUGGAUGUUGAGGACCUCCAGAUCCAAAACUCAACAUUUGAUGGCAACACAUCAGACAUUCAGCCUGUCCCACACAACCUAUGGGAGGUCAUCACCAUAGCGACCAUAUCGGCCAUCGUCAGCCUUAUAACAGUCGUAGGCAAUGUUCUGGUGAUGCUGUCGUUCAAGGUCAACAGUCAACUAAAGACAGUCAACAACUACUACCUUCUCAGCUUAGCCUUCGCUGACCUCAUAAUAGGAGCCCUGUCCAUGAACUUAUACACCUCAUACAUCCUAAUGGGCUAUUGGUCCUUAGGGAACCUAGCCUGUGACCUCUGGUUAGCCCUGGAUUAUGUGGCCAGCAAUGCCUCCGUUAUGAACUUGUUAGUCAUCAGUUUCGACAGAUACUUCUCCAUCACAAGGCCGCUGACCUAUAGAGCCAAGAGGACGCCGAAGAGAGCGGCUAUUAUGAUUGGCUUAGCGUGGUUGGUGUCGUUUGUCCUCUGGGCGCCGCCUAUCCUGUGCUGGCAGUACUUUGCGGGAGAGAGGACGGUCCCGGCAGACCAGUGCCAGAUCCAGUUCUUCUCCGAGCCGGUGAUCACGUUUGGCACGGCCAUCGCAGCGUUCUACAUCCCUGUCUCCAUCAUGACCCUCCUCUACAGUAGGAUCUACAAGGAGACAGAGAAACGCACCAAGGACCUGGCUGAGCUGCAGGGUCUUACCACAUCUGGUCACCCAGAGACUGUUAAUAAACCCCAGAAAACAGUUAUGUUACAGUCCUGUUUUGGCUCCAGUAACGACAGGAGGGACAGGAGGAACCAGGCCUCAUGGUCCUCGUCCAACCAGAGCAACGUCACCAAGACCACGACCCGGUCGGACGAGCUGGCCUGGGCCCAUGCUGACCAGAUCACCUCCUUUAACAGCUACACCUCGUCCGAGGAGGAGGAGACUCACCAUCCUGUUUCCGCGGCAACCUCUCAGGGGACAAUCAAAGGUCAAGUUCAAAGUCAGACAGAGAAAGGACAGACGGCCGCCGAUUACGGUGAUAACGAAGAAGGCGAGUAUUUCCAGACCGCCACUCCACCGCUGAAAAAACUCAGCAAGAAGGGAAUCUCUUACAAGUUCAAAUUGGUCUCGAAAGAUACCAGCAGCCCUCCUCAGAAUGACAAAAUCACCAACAACACAGACCUCAAAACAGCUCCUCCAUGUCCCUCUGAGUCUGACCAGAUAGGUCAGAACCACCACCAGAACUCCUCUCCAUCAUCCCACACCACCACCACCACCCCCAAGCCCAUGGACCCCUCCCUGAAGAGCCAGAUCACCAAGAGGAAGAGGAUGGUCCUCAUCAAGGAGAAGAAAGCUGCUCAGACCCUCAGUGCCAUCCUCCUGGCCUUCAUCCUAACAUGGACGCCGUACAACAUCAUGGUGCUCAUCUCCACCUUCUGUUCUGACUGUAUCCCUGUGUCUCUCUGGCACCUGGGCUACUGGCUCUGCUAUGUCAACAGCACCAUCAACCCCAUGUGUUACGCGUUGUGUAAUAAGACUUUUCAGAAGACCUUUAAGAUGCUGUUGAUGUGUCAGUGGAGGAAGAAGAGAGGGGAGGAUAAGUUGUACUGGUGCGGACAGAACCCGGCCAUCAACAGCAAGAUGACAUGAUGUAGUGUGGAAUAGAGAAUAUAUACGUAUUUGGACAUUCAGCAGCAGCAGACCCUUUUAUCUAAAAUAACUUUUUGUACAGCAGAUAUGUUUAGCAAAUGUGGCCCAUAUGGCAUUAAACCCACAACAACAAAAACAAAAUGUGCACUCUGAGGCAGAACUGAGUUUGGGAAAGCGUGAUGUACAUAUUGAAUAUGCACAUUGCUGCACAUUGCUGCAACUGCAACUGUACUGUACGGAUAGCAAUGGAAGUGUGCUAGCUCAAAUCACAGUAACUAGUGGUCAUAGAUAUAUCUGUGAGGAUGAGUAAUGCUGUAUACUGUUGCACUAUCACACACCUCUUCAUGUCAAAUGUUUCCUAUAUAAGCUAAUGUGCCUUUGUUCGUCAGAAGGUCUGGUGAUGAAGACUUGUAAUUGUGAAUGGAUCGGUGUUGACCUUGCUACUGUAUUGUGAAUGGGUCGGUGUUGACCUUGUUACUGUAUUGUGAAUGGGAUCGGUGUUGACCUUGCUACUGUAUUGUGAAUGGAUCGGUGUUGACCUUGUUACUGUAUUGUGAAUGGGUCGGUGUUGACCUUGUUACUGUAUUGUGAAUGGGUCGGUGUUGACCUUGCUACUGUAUUGUGAAUGGAUCGGUGUUGACCUCGUUACUGUAUUGUGAAUGGAUCGGUGUUGACCUUGCUACUGUAUUGUGAAUGGGAUCGGUGUUGACCUUGCUUUUUUGUGAAUGGAUCGGUGUUGACCUUGCUACUGUAUUGUGAAUGGAUUGGUGUUGACCUUGCUACUGUAUUGUGAAUGGAUCGGUGUUGACCUCGUUACUGUAUUGUGAAUGGAUCGGUGUUGACCUUGCUACUGUAUUGUGAAUGGGAUCGGUGUUGACCUUGCUUUUUUGUGAAUGGAUCGGUGUUGACCUUGCUACUGUAUUGUGAAUGGAUCGGUGUUGACCUUGCUACUGUAUUGUGAAUGGAUCGGUGUUGACCUCGUUACUGUAUUGUGAAUGGAUCGGUGUUGACCUUGCUACUGUAUUGCAAAUGGAUCGGUGUUGACCUUGCUACUGUAUUGUGAAUGGAUCGGUGUUGACCUUGCUACUGUAUUGUGAAUGGAUCAGUGUUGACCUUGCUACUGUAUUGUGUGCUGCUUGUGUACCUUUGAUCUGAUCAGUGAAAUAAUCCCAAUUGAAAAGUAUCAUGAGAGAUCCUCUGAAUGCUCUUUUGUUAACACAACCUUUAUAUUACAACUGCUUCGGGGAUGUGCACCAGACCACCAGGACACCCACCUAGGGGACAGUGAUCUGAGUGACUAGGGACACCCACCUAGCGGACAGUGAUCCGAGGUGACCAGGGACACCGAUCUGACUGAGUGACCAUGGACACCCACCUAGGGGACAGUGAUCUGGCAGUGACAGUGAUUUGAGGUGACCAGGGACACCCACCUAAGGUGACUCAUAUGGCUUAUGGGUCUCUGGGCUACAGUAGCUAACCCAUCACGACUGUUCGGUUUCUGGAUCACAUCAACAUGACCUCUCCUGUUAAUUACAUUACAUGAAUUACUCUCCUGUUAAUUACAUUACAUGAAUUACAUUUCAAACACUGCAUAUGUGCCAGGAGUGUUACAGAGAAC